CGGCCGCCAUCUUCGUUAAGGGCAAUCGUAAAAGACAGCAGACAGGUAGGUGGGGUGGACCACCAUGAUCCCUACUCCGUGGUACCAGCACGUGGGACCGCAGGGUCCCUUCAGCGAGAUCUACGAACCCGCCGAAGACACUUUUGUGUUAUUGGAUGCUCUGGAGGGGGAUGCGGAGGAGCUGAGGAGCGCCAGCAUUGAGAUCUGCCUCGAAGUAGGAUGUGGAUCUGGAGUAGUUUCAACUUUUUUGGCUUCAAUUGUUGGACCCAAAGCAUUAUGCUUGUGUACCGAUAUCAACCCUGUGGCAGGUCUGUGCACUGUGGAGACAGCUGUACAUAAUAAUGUUGACAUUCAGCCCAUAAUUACUGAUCUGGUAACAGCAUUGUUGCCACGACUGAAUGGGAAAGUUGAUCUGCUGGUAUUUAACCCACCUUAUGUGGUAACCCCUUCUGCUGAGAUAAAAAGUCAUGGAAUAGAGGCAGCUUGGGCAGGAGGUAAAAAUGGCAGAGAAGUUACGGACAGACUCAUUCCACUGGUGUCAGACUUGCUUUCAGAAAGAGGGUUAUUUUACUUAGUUACAAUUAAAGAAAAUAAUCCAGAUGAAAUUACAGAAAUAUUGCAUAAAUGUGGUUUAAAAGCCACCAAAGUACUUUCCAGACAAGCAGGAAGAGAAAACCUCUCAGUACUCAAAUUCUGCAAAUCCUGAAGGCUACCUAUGGAAGAGUUUUCAUAUGCUGGAUUUAACAGCACGUGCCAGCCAAAAGCCACCUUUUAAAACACAAACUACUCUAGAAUAGAGGUUUUCAAACUGUGAUGCACUGACUAUAGCUGGUCUGCAGAUUCCAUUCAGGUGGUCUGCAGAAAGUUUGAAAACAGCUAUACUCAAACCUGUUUUUAUUUUUUUCUUACAACAGGCAGAGGUUCUUUUGGCCAGGGCUGGAUUUAUCAAACAGGCUAGCAGUUACUCAUAGCAUGCUGCUGGUUUUCAUGAAGAGGCUGGCACUAAAGAAAAAAAAUUAGUGGUCAGGUCGGGGAGAUUUGAGAACUGCAGUUCCAGAAUUCAAACUACGCUCAGUGGCAGCAUUUGCUACAAGUGCAUGAGCUAGCCAUAGCAGUAGGUUCUGUCAUCAAAUUAAGAAAAUUAAACUCAUAUAAAACCAAGAAUUAAAGGAUAGAUUAUAAGUAUUGAGUGAGUACAGUUGUAUUACAUUCCUCUCCAAGCCAGAUUCGCUACCAUCAGCAUUAAGAUGAGAUAAUCAUCAUACCAAGUUGCUUUCCCUACCAGCUGGUAUUCAGAGACCCUGAGUCUUUGUUUCUUGCUAUGUUGCUGUUAAGAACAUAAAUGUUUUGCUGCAUCUGGUACACCAUCCCAACAGUGGCAAGCCAUAUGGUUCCAGGAAGACCCUCUCAACUUCAUCCCAAGGUCCCGUUUCAUAGACUGGGGGUUACGCAGAUUAAACGAACAAGACAUUCAGGGUGGCAUAAGGGACACUACUCCACUAGAGAUAAAUCUAAUCCACUGCACAGCACAUACCUGCUUCAUGGUCACCGUUGAGGAAACCAUUCUCUGCUGGCUAUCCAUCACCUCCACUCCAAUACAGGUGAGGCAGACAAAGUUAGUCCGUUAGUGUGGCGAUGGUGGUAGAUUUUUGCAGUCCUAACUACAUAUGAGGCAGCUGCUAUAAGAUUGUGAGUGGGCUAGCAGUGCUGCUGCUCCUAUACUAAAGGAAGGAAGGGUGCUCUUGCACAGAUCUUGCUUAUGGGCUUCCCACAGGCACCUGGUUGGCCACUCUGAACAGGAUGUUCGACUGGAUGGGCCUCUGGCCUGAUCCAGCAGGCUCUUAUGUUAACACAAGCCCUACUAGUUAGCCCAAAACACUGCCUACUGUCACCUUUUCAAUUUUAAUGUAUACUACAGACUGCUGCCAUAGGUGCAUGUGUGUAUACAUACACAGCAUACAUACAUAGCCUCUUGGGAGGGCUGAGCCAAGGAGAGAAGAAUUGUGAGGGUUUAACAUCAAAAGUUGGUUUGGGCAAUUAAAGGAUAACUUGGGGUAAUGGUACCUAUUUUAAUCAAACUCGGCCAUUUUAAUUGAUUGGGUCAAUUAAUGUGACCACAAAAGUUUUAAGUGUGCAGUAUGUUUGUACACAAGACUACUGCCUCAGCAGUGUGCUGUUUUAAGUUACAGAAACCAUUUUUCCUGUAAAAAGCUAUGGCUACUUGUAAAAAGAUGUGGCAGUGAGCUACUAUUUCCAUGAAAAAGAGACCUAAUAGUUGCUCAAUUUUUUUUAAAAAAAAUCCUAGGAACUGUAGGAUCUCUAAUUACAGUAGCAGGAUCAAAGAAAGUAUAAAUGCAGAUUUGGUCAAACAGCUGUUUAACGUAUUUGAUGUGGAAAGUGAGAUUUCCUUAAUGACAAAUGGCUGUGCUUUUGUUUGGAGCUGUCAGGUGAAUGAAGAUUAACUUUUUUUCAAUUACAGGAAAAGAAUGUGAACUAAUGAAUUAUUAAAAUUUAUAAUGCUAGCUGCUGAAAGAAGCAUUUAACAGUUCUUGGUACUAAGAAUCUAGACAGACAAAUUCUGAUCACAUUUCAUUUAACUUUUCUCCUCCACUGUUCCAAUAUUAAUCUUUGCCUUUAUUCCUGUACACAUCUCCCACAGCUGCAGGCUUUUUUUUGGCAGCAGAGAGGUUUUGGUAGUGCAUAUUAAUAUUUUAUUUUCACAAUCUGCAGUCCACAGUGUCUGCAAUUAAAUGCAGUUUGCUAAAAGAGAGAUUAGGACUCUAGAGUGACAGGACUCUAGCUCCAAAAUGGGUUGAGCUUAAAAAGUUAGUUUGAGCUCAGUUAGGAUUGGGCUCAAAUUAACUCCUUAAAAGUGGGUCCAUUCCAAAUCAAAUGUGGAAGGGGAACCAUUUCUUUUAUAUUGUUUUCAAAGUACCACUUUUCCAUUUUUGUACCUUCAAUAUUGAUUCAAUCAUGACUUCUAACAUAGUUAAUGUUUUCUUCAUAUGGAAAGUCUUCAUGCUGCUAAACCGGGGUGGGGAACCUGUGGCCAUCCAUUUGUUAGACUACAAAUCCCAUCAUCUCUGCAAGUUGGCCUUGCUGACUGGGGCUAAUGGAGGUUGGAGUCCAGCAAUGUCUGGACAGCCAGGGGUUCACCACCCUUGUGCUAAACACUUCUAGACUGCAUCUUAGACUGCACUUUCAUGUCAUUAGUUUCUAUCUGAAAUGUCAGAAUGCUUUGUUUUAAAUAUGUAGAGUAAUAAUAUGUAGUGUUAAUAUAAACAAUUGCCGUUUUGUAUGUUACACUGAUCAAACAAGAUUUUUAUUUGUAAAGGUAAAAUUGGCUUUUCACACUAAAUCCAGGUUUGAUUGGUGUCUUCAUUUUCCUUGAGAGGCUCAUUGAAGCAGAGAAGGUAUUUCAGAAGAAGGUCUCUCGACAAAGCGGACAGGUAGACUUGUUACUAGAUGUAAACCAUUUGUACUGAAAGAGUUUAAAAAGUAGUAUUAAAGCAGAGUUGACAGACAUUUUAUGUGAAAUGCUAGGUUGCUAAAUGAACAAGGUUUAUUUUACUAAAUUUAAUUCUGCAAAAAUCAUUGAGUAUAUGCUACUUGUGAAACUUAGGUGAAGUUAAGUCUAUAUCUGAAGACAUCACCCUCCAAAGUUUUUUGCCCAUGUGGAUGCUUAAGGAUUCAAAUAUUAAGAAUCCUGCCAUGGGGCAGACAGAGCUUAGUAUGUUCAUAUUACCUUUCCCACACGUGCUAGUCUUUCUCUCUUAGCUCUGAAAGAAGACUGCAUAAUUUCCCAACUAUCACCAUAAAAAGUAUAUGAUACAAUAUGGCAGUAAACUGUUUUCUUAAAAAUAGAUGGACUACUCAUUAGAGAAGAAUCCAUCCACUCAACUUUAUUAAAAU